UCUAUAAGAUGGUCCGUUUUGGAGAAAUUCUCUAAAGUUGCGAGAAUUUCACGAGAAACAGCUGUACAAAUCCUUGAGACUCCACUUGCACGACCGAUAGUUCCAUAUCUCCCACCUGCUAUAAAUCAAUUAAUUCAACCAGAGUCUGAAGAUAAUUCCGUAAAUGAAUAUGAUGCUGGCAGAGUUUAUCUUGCUAAAUGGGCAUUAAAAGUUGACGAAGAAGCAAGAGUAUCUGCACGUCAAGAAUAUUUAGCAAAUCAUGGUGAAGGUGAGGCAUCAUCAAAUAUUAUAAGAAAAAGAUGGUCAGAUCCUAAAUCAUGGGAAGAAGAAACUGAGGUGGGCGCUUUUGAAGUUUUAAAUGUCGAUUUAAAUUAUCCACCACUACUUUCAACACGAUCUACUUCCCUUAGUCCUGAGAAAUGGUUUUCAUCAUUGGAUUCUGAGGGAAGAUUAAAAGUUGAAGUUGAUGAAAUCCGUGAAAUUAUAUUUCGUGGGGGUAUCGAUGAUGAUAUUCGUGUUGAACUUUGGAAAUUUCUUUUGGGUGUGUACCCAUGGGAUUCAAGUCAAGCUGAAAGAGAAUAUAUAACACAAACAAAAGAAAAAGAAUAUUGGGAUUUGAAAAAAAAAGAUGUGAUACGCACUGAUCGUAGUAAUUCUUUUUUUGCUGUAGAAGAUAUACCACAUCCAGAUCCAUUAUCUUCGGCAUCAUCACCAUUUACAAAUAAAAACCUUGAAUUAAUGAAAGAUAUUUUAAUGACAUAUUAUUAUUAUAAUAAAGAUCUUGGUUAUGUACAAGGAAUGAGCGAUUUACUUGCUCCCAUAUUUGUCGUUAUGCACGACGAAGCUCAUGCAUUCUGGGCAUUUGUAGGAUUUAUGGAACGCAUGAAAUACAACUUUUAUCGCGAUCAAUCUGGGAUAAGACGUCAACUUUUAACAUUAGAUUAUUUGAUUCAAUUUAUGGACCCACGUCUUUAUGAACAUCUUCACUGA